CACAAUUAUUCGCAACCAAACGAAUAUGAAAUAAGAAAAUAAAAAAAGAAGUCGAGUAAACCGCAUCAACAAGGCUUUUCCCAUAUAUAUUCCAUUUCCCAUCGCAAGAAACGAUAGAGCUUGCAUUGUUAUUUGCUAAAAGGAAAGAGCAGGAUGUACAAAUCCAGGCUGCAGGAGCUCUGCCAGCAAAGGAAAUGGCGGUUGCCGGAGUACAACUCCACCAAGGUUGGCCUCGACCAUAACCCUCGCUUCUCCGCCACCGUCACAAUCAACGGCCUCGACUUCCACACUGCCGAUAUCUUCAGGUCCUCCAAAGAAGCCCAAAACGACGCUGCUAAGCUCGCAUUCGACCACCUCUCUGAUAAUCCCCAACCCAAACCCAGGAAUCCCAUUCCCAGCCCCUCCUCUUUCCCUCAACCAUGUCCUCCCUCUUCCUCCUCCGCUUCCUCGUUCUCAGCGCUUCCUUCGACCCCGGCCACAGAUUCCAAUACUACACGAGAGAUAGAGAUAGUGGAACCGAAGACUCAAGAGAUAGAGAUAGUGGAACCAAAGAUUCCUCAGCUGCCACUUCAGUGUAGUGGUAACGUAUCAGGUGCUGCUUAUCAGGCGAAUGCCACCUUGUCGGGUAAGAUCGAUUUGCAACAUUUGUACAAGAAUCAACUGCAAACUUAUGCACAAAAGAGAAAUCUGCUUCUACCUGUGUACUCUUGUGAGCGGGAAGGUCCACCACAUAACUGUCGUUUCAAGUGUAGGGUAACUAUUGAUGGACAAACAUAUGAGGGUCAAGAGUUUCUUCCCACACUGAAGGAUGCUGAGCAUGCAGUUGCAAAAGCUGCUUUAAUGUCCCUUCUUCCAAAUGGAGUUCAAGAGGAUGAUUCUGGUUUAUUCAAAAACCUUUUACAAGAACUGAUUCAGAAGGAAGGUUUUUCUAUACCAAUCUAUAGCUCAAGGAUGUCUGGCGAACCUCACAUUCCAGUUUUUGUUUCAUCUGUGGAGAUAGAAGGAGAAACUUUUAUGGGUCAAGAAGCAAGAAGCAAAAAGCUGGCAGAGUUGAGUGCAGCAAAGGUUGCUUACUAUACCUUGAGAGAGCGUAAAUCAAGUCAGCUACCUUUGGUCCUGUCCUCUCGGAAAGGGCAAGAAGCUUCAGAGAUCUUAUCUUCAAGUUCCCAGUCAAAUCCAGCUUCUGUUCAACAUCAACAAGUCAGGCGUAAUGCACAUGCGAUCUUGUCUCCGAAUACGAAUACUAAAGAGAAGAAAAAGGAGAAUAAUGUAACAGCACAAGGAAAAAGUCAACACUCUGUAUCUUCUGGACCUUUCACCCCUACAUCAGGUGGGGAAGGAUUCUCUUCCUCUUAUGUUGUACAUGGCCGUGCGCAGGAGAUGAACAACGGUGCUAGCCCUGUGUCCCAAAAUGGCUCCACUAAUUGCAUUAUGGACUCUUCUCUUGACCCACCAGCUAGAAGGAGUAUGUAUAACAAGGUCUCUGUUUACCCACGCAAGUCAAAUAUGGAAUAUCCUGAAGGUACCACUGUGUUGCCCAUGAGCGAUCAAACGUGGGUUGCUUGCUCACACAGAUGAAGGAAGAUGUUUAUAUAGGCCUGACUAAGUUCCUUGUUUAACUACGAGAGACACAUAGGCUAAGCUUACGUAGUUAUGUGCUUAGAUUGUGUUGUGCUGCUCCAUGCAUGAACCUACUGGACACGGUAUGUCUAUAUACAAUAGCCGUUGCCUUUCGUGACUAGUGUAUAAAUGUGCUUUUCUAUCUAAGAUGCAUUUCCUCUAA